AUGGCACUCGCACAGCUCCCCCUCCUCUUCCUCCGCCCGAGAGCCCUCCCUCGACCCUCCACAAUCAAUCACUUCCUCGGAGCCGCCAGAGCUUCAACAACAGCCGCCUCGUCAACACCAGCACCACCUUCUCUGACAACAGCCAUCUCCGCAUCGAAACCCUACCGUAUAGCCCUGACCAAGAGCAAGGAAUACCCAGUAUAUCAGUUGAACAAGCGCGGUGGGAACAUGCACUUAACGAAGAUCAAGCAUAUUGAAGGGGAUAUCGACGCCUUGAAAGCGGAUUUGCAGAAUACUUUGAAAAUACAAGACGCGAAGGAUGUGGUGAUCCAUCAAUUGACGAGGCAUAUCGUUGUGAAGGGUCAUCACCGAGACGAUAUCAAGAAGUUUCUGGGGAGCAAUCAGGUCGGGUUCGUGGAGGUUGUAGAAUUAUUAUAA